UACAAUAUUAUUUUCACUUAAAUAGUUGUGUGUAGGUAUCAACGUUAAAGUUUUAAAUCUAUUCUAAUUUACCGGUACACGUAUUAAAUAAUUAUAGUCUAUAAAUGGCAUUGCUCAUAAAAUCCGCCAUUAAUUAUUGUCACUUGACAACUCGAGCUAAACAUUUGAUUGUUCCACAGUUAACUGCUGCGUUCACUGCUCGUUCGUCUUACUCAACCAAAUCAUCCGUCGCAGCCAUGCUUGAACACGAAGUCGUUCCCGACGUGAUUGCCGUUGCGCCCAGCGACAAAAUUCAAGUGUCAUACCCAAGUGGAGUUAUUGUUGAUUUGGGUAACGAGCUCACACCUACUCAAGUAAAAGAUGAACCAUCAGUAACCUGGCCUGCUGAUCCAAAUGCUUUGUAUACUCUUUGUAUGACAGAUCCUGAUGCCCCAAGUCGUAAGGAGCACACAUAUAGAGAAUGGCAUCAUUGGCUAGUUGGAAAUAUUCCUGGUAAUGAUAUUACUAAGGGUGAAACACUUUCUGAAUAUGUAGGCUCUGGACCACCACCUGAGACAGGACUUCACCGAUAUGUAUUCUUAGCUUACAAACAACCGUCAAAGUUGAAUUUUGAUGAACCUCGUUUAACUAACAGAUCAGCAGAAAAGCGUGAAAAAUUUUCUAUUGCUAAAUUUGCGCUUAAAUACAAUUUGGGAAAUCCAGUUGCCGGAAACUUCUAUCAAGCUCAAUAUGAUGAUUAUGUGCCAUUGCUAUACAAGCAGCUUGGUGCUUAAGCCAAUAUAUAAAUAUAUAUUACACUCAGUGCUCACUGCUUACAUUACAAUCAAAUAUUACUUAUAAAUGUUGAAAUUGAAAACAAUAAUAAUUGUAUGUAAUAAAAUGUAUCUUUAAGAAUAGAAUCAAUUUUGGAUGUGGUUAUAAAUGUUAAAAUAAAAUAUAUAUUUUUCAUUGA